CCGCCCCACGCGCGUGACCAGAGCGCGCUGGCCCGGCCCUCCCAGGGCGGUUGUGAUCGCUAUAUAUACGGUGGGGCGGCCGGCAGUCUGUUCGGUUUCGGGCGUUAUCGUCGUCCGUGCGCACCGCUCCGCGUCCAGAUCUGGCAAUUCUACAUUGAAGUAGUCAUGGGCUUUUUCCAAUUCCUGAGGAAAAACAAGGAACUCAUUCCCUUGGUGGUGUUCAUGAGUCUGGCGGCCAGUGGAGCCUCAUCUUUCGCUGUGUAUUCUCUUCGGAAAACCGAUGUGAUCAUUGAUCGAAAAGGAAAUCCAGAACCUUGGGAAACUGUGGACCCUACUGUACCUCAAAAGCUUAUAACAAUCAACCAAGAAUGGAAGCCCAUUGAAGAGUUGCAGAAGGUCCAAAGGGCAACCAAAUGAAUAGUCUGCACCUCUUUGUUUUGAAGAGUACUCUAUAAAUUUAGUGGAAACAUUUCUGUGCAAACUAGAUUCUAGACACCAGUGUGCGGAAGCGCUUCUGCUACAUUUUUAGGGUUUGUCUACAUUUUUUGGACUCCGGAUAAGGAUUUAAAGGAGUGCAGCCAGCAAUAACUGCAUUGUCCAGAAGUUAGUCCUUAUUUUCUUAAAAUUGGGAGUUCCUGAACACUGUAAGAAAUACAGCUGCCAGGCGUGGUGGCUCAUGCUUGAAAUCCCAGCACUUUGGGAGGCCGAGAGGAAGAGCCUAGCCUGAAUGCAAGAGUUACCACAGCAACAAGACCAUCCUGGCAAUAAAUCCUCUCCACUGCAAGAUGCAAACGAGUGAGGCAGGAGUGUGCAGUUAACCUCACAGCCAGGUUAUCACCAUAUGCUUCACAAACUCCUCUACCAGUGAAUGUCAGAGUUAACCCAGAGAGCAGGGAACCCUCCAUGCCACCAAAUCAAAGCCUCCCAAACCAUACUAGAAAUCCGGCUAACUUUCUCCAAAGAAUAGCAGUUCUCAAGCCUUGGCUGUGCAUCACAAUCCUGGAAGCUGGGAACAUUCGUUACUUCAGGGUGAAUGCUGAAGUUUCGAGAACAGUUUGGCUCCAGGUGGAGUUGGCGGACGGGCAGCAUCAGCAUUACCUGAGAGGGAGGCAGCAUUUGGGACCACAGCCCACAUCUACUGAAGCUCACAGCCCACCUCUACUGAAGCUCACACCCCACAUCUAUUGAACCUCACAGCCUGUCUCUGGGGAUGAGGCCGAGAAAUCUGUUUUAACACGUAACCUCCUCAGGUUAUUACACACGGGUCUCGGCUUCUGCAUACUGCAAACUGGCUGCCUUCCUUCUACAGAACACACGUCCCCUUGCAAGGAAACCAUGGAAUUUCCCCAGCAAGGAGUCUUCUGCAACUCCAGGCCACAGGAAGGUUACAAAUGGUCAGACAAGGAGCGAAUGUGAGGAGGAAGCACCAGCCCUGUCCAUGUUGUCUGGGGCCCCUCCCAAGGGGGCAGGAAAUUGCCAUAAACAGGACCCGGAGCAUCCAGGGAGUGUCUGGGCUGCAGGGUUUAAAAAAUAUCCUGGACUUUGGAAAAUACAUAAAGCAAAAAGAGGAUGGAACAGACUUGGACUCUGCUAACACUGAAACUCAAGUCAAGUUGUAAACUGAGAACGUGUUGGAACUAGGAAUUGCCCAUAGUCUUCACAGGUGAGUAUGAUGGAUUAAUGAACGGAAGUCCAGGAAACAUUUUUUACCUUCUCCUCAGUCCUUCACGCCCUGACUGAAGUCAAACAUUCUGAGCUCAACUCCUGUGAUCACUGUAACCAUUUAACAGCUGUAACCAUUUAAGCUGUUAGCAGGUUUCCUCUGGAAAGGAAGUGGGGUCAGAUCUUCAAAAGCUAGGAGAGUCAAGGGAGCAGAGACGGUCUGUCCUGUUUCAGGGCUAGCCUUUCUUUCAUGAGGUCUCUAAAAUUUUCCAGUUAUAAAAAAUCCUACUCUCUUACCAAGAAUUAACUCAAUGUAUUUUGGAGAAAAACUAACCCCACACAUUUUUCCAUUGCAUCGGUAUUUUGUUGAAGUGACAAGUUUUUUUUUUUUUUUUUUAAUACCAACUACAAACGAAUGUGCAGAAACUGGCAAGCGAAACACAGAAAUAGGAAAAUCAAACCAGAAAAAAAAAACUUUUUUAAGUCCAGGAGACAUGCAAGCAAUUUGAUAACCCACAGAGUAUCCUUUUCAUGUUUAUAGGGCAAGACCCAUGGACCAAACUUUAAUUUUGGUAGUGCUCUGUAAAAAUUACACGAGAGCCUGUUAAACCAAAAUGCUGCUUGAAAAUGUUAUCUUUGGUGAUAUGUCACUGAUGCUGGAUUUUUAAACCGCCUAUCUUAAACACAUGACUCAUGUAGAGAUUGUAUUUUGUCAUAAGACUUCCUACUUCCUAUUUGUGCUUAGUCUGUUUCAUAGCUUAUAGCAAUUAUUAUGGGACCAUAGAUGGAGUUAAAAUGUAACCAAAAAGUAUUAUUCUAUGAAUAUAUUAAAGUUUAGCAUAAAAAAUAGCUUAUAAGACUCUUGUUACUCCAAAUUAGUAUUUAACAUCUGACAUGGACCAAAAAAAUG